AUGGCCACCUCCAGCGUCAUUGCUGGUCCUACCAACGUUCAGUCCGUGACCGUCCAGCUCAGCAACGAGCAGUCUGGCGCCAACGCCAACGUUGAUAUUCCCACCGACGGCAACCCACGCUCCAUCCAGGCCCUCUGGGGCCAUACCUCUGUGGUUGUCAACGGCGUCGUUAGUGCCUCGAGCGCACAGUUCAAUAGGUUCCAGCAGACGAGCGUCUGCCACAUUUUUCAGCACCCCAAUGUGAAUGCCGAGCUCAAUGCACGGCAAACCUGGGUCAAGCUUGAUCAGGGCAAGGUGGUCGAGCUUGAUCACGGGUUCAUUGUCUGCCGGGAUUAG